UUUUAUUUUUAUUUUUAUAUUUUUAUUAUUAUUAUUAUUAUAUUUAAGACUUUGUAAUUCACUGGCGACGACAAAAAGCAAAUUGUAUUAUUUAUUAUAUUAUUAUUCAAAAGUCAGUUUACUAGACAUAAUAGAUAAGGUUAUGUUGGCAUCGGUUUUAACCGGUAGGAUUGCGCAGUUCCUCAAGCAUCGGCUUGGGGUUUUAGGCAGCAACGGCAUAAGAAUAGGCACUGGAUCCUCCUGGCUAUACUCACGAACGGCAACAGUACAGGCGACGCAGGUGGAUGUGGAUGAUAGCCGGCAGGCCAAGGUGAAUGCGCAAGCGCUGGUUAAGCCAAUCUAUAUUGCGCCGCGGAAUCCCAUAGUACUAUGCCAUGGACUCUAUGGAUUUGACGUGCGAGGUCCGGAGAAACUCCCACUCUUGCAGGUGCACUACUGGCGCGGGAUUCGCGAAGCGCUGGAGAAAAUCGGAGCCCGCGUGGUGAUUGCCAAAGUGCCCGGCACCGGCGGCGUGCAUGAGCGGGCGCAUCAAUUGGACACAUUGCUGGCAAGCCAAGUGGCAUCGACCAAGGUCAACAUCCUCGGUCACUCAAUGGGUGGGCUGGAUGCACGGUAUUUGAUUGCGCAUAUCAAGCCAAAGCGGUAUUCUGUCGGGUCACUGACCAGCGUGUGUACGCCGCAUCGCGGGUCGCCGUUUAUGGACUGGUGCAGGGACUACCUGAGCCUCGGGUAUCGUGUGGAUCCGGACCAGCUGAUUCGAGAUUUUGCCACGGUGUGGAGGCCCCAGGGGCGCAGGAGCCCGGUGGGCGGUAGUGCAGGGGCUGCGGCUGCAGCUGUGGGUGCUGCAGGGGAUGUGCCGGAUAUGGUUUUGCGCGAGCGCAUCGGCGACGACCGGCUGCGUGAGUUUGCGCACUUUUUGACAAAGCUCCUGGGCGAAAACGCCAGCGUCAGCGAGUCAUCGCAGCUCCUGCACAUGUCGCAAAAGGCGGCCACCGGCGGCAGCGACAGGGAUUACCUCGACCGAUCAAUGGUGCUUCUGCGGAUGGUCUACCGGCGCAUAAUGGCGACCCUCGACACGCCCGCGUACGCCUGCCUGACCACCGACUACUGCACGCGGUUCUUCAACCCCGCAACACCAAACGCCCCUGGUGUCCAGUACCUUUCGGUGGGGGCGUUUAUGGACUCGCACGAUCUAUCGGAUAAGCUUAAUCCGCUGAUUAUCCCGCAUGAUAUUAUCGAGCAGAGGGAGGGCGCCAAUGACGGGUUUGUCAGCCUGCGAAGUGCACGGUGGGGCGAGUAUUUGGGCUGUGUGCGCGCGGACCAUUUUGACUUUACCAACCGGUGGAGGGUCACUAGCUUGGGGAGGGACUUUAUUGGAACCGUGGUGUAUUGGGGCGGCAAGUGGUCGUCGUGGGUCAUCGCAAUGAGGCGGCGGGGGCGGGGGCGGGGGCGCCGUCAGUGGUACCCCCAGUGCCGUCUGAUGCCGGGCUGGUGUUUGGCGGUGGCAGCGACGGGAAGCGAAAUGUAACAGUAGCAAAAAUAAAAAGCGCCUUUUGGGCAGUAACUGCUUUCUUGUUCUUCCAUCCAGAAAAGAAAUGUGGUUUGGUGUACGU